AUGGAAAACGGUUUAAUUAAUACCCUUGAAAAUGGAAAUACUGUUACAAGUACAUACGCUGAUGUGUAUUUUGACGAUGAUUACUGUGAUUUCAAAAAAAUUGUAACUGAAUUAAAGGCAGAGGUAAAUAAGAUACCUAGUAACAAAGAAAUAGUAGUAGAUGAGUGGAAAUCGCCUAGUGAUUUAUUAAUAGGUAUAUUAGAACUACAGCCUCCUUUCACUUCUAAAAUUACUAGAGGAAUAACACAUGAAGGUAUCCUUGCUAUCGGAGAUAAUGUUCUAGAAAUCGAACAAGCAAAGUUUCUUGCCCGUGUGAAUAGACUUGUAAAUGAAAAUAAUGCGGCAUGGGAGUUCAUUUUGGAUUACGAAAAGAAAAAAAUUGGAGGCAGGGUAAAAAAACUUUAUGACAAAAUAUUUUCUGAAAAAAGUAAAAUUAUGAAGGAAGAAUGUUUAAAAUAUUAUGAAAGUUCUCUCCAAGAUUUAGAAAACCAUUUGAGAUCUGAAAUAAAAAAAGUAUUAGUAAGUGCCCAUUCGAAUGUAAUUAGUGAUUUAAAUCCCAAAAUAAUAACGAAAUUAAAGAAGGAAAAAGACAUUCUAAACGAUAUUUUGAAAAAAAGGUUUGAUAAUGAAAUUGGGAAGAUUAAGGCAUAUUAUCAAAUGCUUCUAAAAAAUGAAAUGUAUAGAAAUCAUCAGUUGUACAACCAAGCUUUGCAAGAAAGUAAUGAUGCUUUACAAGCUUUUGUAACACAAGCUGAUGCAGAGAGUAUUACAGGUACUAUGUAUGUUAUGUGUGCAGAAAGAAAAAAAUGCAAAAUUAAUCAUUUUUUGAUAGAAAGUUAUCAAACAUUGGAUAUUGCUGAUAAAAUAAAAAGAAUAAAAGAAAAACAAGGCAUAAUAGACGAUUAUAAAAAGAAAGAUGUCCGAAUUUGUUCUAUAAAUAAAGACUGGGAAGAAAAGAUAAGAAAAGUAUUGCAAUUGUUUUUAAAAUUUAUAAGCUACAGUUUAAAGUUAUUGCCAGAACAGACAACUUUCCUUCUUGAUUUUGAAAAAAUGGUUGUUUUGCAAUUAAACGAAUUACAAAAGUUACCUUUCAAAGCACCCUCUAUAUUAGUAGAAGAAAAUGUUUUCAAUUUCGUAAAACCAGAAGCGCCUCCAGAUCUUCCUUGCAAGAAACCCUUCGAAAUUGUGGGUGAUACAGCGGAGUCAAUUCCAACAAGAUAUGGCAGUAGAGAGACGCUACCGUCUCAUGUAGAUUUACCUACCAUUAGACUCGGACGACAGUAUUUAUAUGCUAAAUGUCAUAAGUAUGAAGAAAUAAAAGCAGUUUUAGACUCACAAAAAUGUAAAUGUGCACCGAAAACACUUGAUGAUUCUUUGAUCUCAUAUAUUGAACACGAGGAAAUUACACAAAUUUCACAACCAAGUACAUCUAGUGAAUCGACAACAACGACUGAAUUUAGUGAUUUUAGUCAAUUGACUAGUGAACCUUCUUUUCAACAUAUACUUUUUGAUGAUAUUAAACGUUUUGAUAAUUGUCCAGCGCGACAAUGUACAGACUGGAUACAAAAAAGUUCCUUUCCGUAUUUAAACUCAUACUUAAAUUACACUGAAGAAAACUUUAAAAGGUUAAAGGUAAUUCUUGGAAAACCACAAAAAUUUAGUUCGUCACCUGAUCUUUUAAAUGCAAAAGAUAUUGUCUUUAAAGAUGUGCCAUAUGCAGAAACAUUUGAGCCUUAUAAUAAUGUUGAGACCCAAUAUUCCAGCCAGGAAAAUUUUAGCGAUUACAUUAAAUGUAACUGUUACAUUGAUACUUGUCAUACUUUAAAUUUCCUGCAUGAAAAACCGACGGAAAAUUCUGAAAAAUUUAUAAACGAAAUAUUAGCAAAACGUAAAAUUUCAUUGCGAAGAUUAAUGCAAGAGAACCCCAGACUUCUUAAAAUAUUUACAGAUGAAAGUUUU